CAAGACAAUAAAAUGAAGUGAAGAGUGAAAAUAUAAAAAAUAACGGAAAAGAGGAAAAGAAAAACAGAUAAUUUGACCGAAGGUAUAUAUAAAAUGCGUGUGGAAGUUCUAUGACAAACCCAUGCGAACGAGAGAACUUGAAGAGAGAGAGAGAAUGAACCACGAAAAUGGCGGAACGAUUCUUCAUCUGUCUGAAUUCCUUGGCGUUUUUUAACUGACGAGCGAUUCUGCAUCGAUUCAAUCCGUUUUUUCGUUUUUUUCGCUUGUUCAUGUUAGUUUUAUUUAAUUACGGUAAGUUAAUUUUUUGUUCGAGGCACAAAUUUUUAUAAAGCACUUUGAUUCGCGAGCCUUUAUUGCAUAUCGAGCUUUAUCUUUGUGAAAAUUCGGUCUACGACACGAAAAACUUUGAAAUCUUUAUACUAUGUAUUGGCGUAAAGCUUUUGGAUCUCGAAAAGCCGCGUUAUGAUCGGAUGAGUUCAAAUUCUGUAAUGUAUAUUGUUUUGGAAAUGUAUCCGGGACUAUGAUCGAUACAUGAGUUCAUUCGAAGAGAUCCUCGUCAAUAAUUAUGCUGAAGUUUUGAUCUGGAACAAUCGUGCCUAUCUACCAUAUUUCUUUUGAUAUAUCUGUUGAUCAGGGGGAAUUCUUAACAUUUAUGUGUUUCUGAGACAUUGAUUCGUGGUUGGUGAUGGUUCCCUUGGAGUGAGGGAAAUUGAUGGAUUCAGCAAGGAGUUGGCUACAUAAAUUUCAACCAAGAGACCGAUUGAGGUCAAAUACCAGGAGGAGGGAUUCAAUGGGUGGUGGUGAAGAUGAAAUUUCUGGUGAAGAGGCAUCAAAUAUCACAAAGCAAAAGGUUGCUGCAGCCAAGAAGUACAUUGAGAACCAUUACAAGGAGCAAAUGAAGAAUUUGCAAGAGAGGAAAGAAAGGCGAAUUUUACUCGAGAAAAAACUGGCUGAUGCUGAUGUUUCAGAGGAAGAUCAAAACAACUUGCUUAAAUUUCUAGAGAAGAAGGAAACUGAAUACAUGCGGCUUAAAAGACACAAAAUGGGAGCUGAUGAUUUUGAGCUACUCACCAUGAUCGGAAAGGGUGCUUUCGGUGAGGUCAGAGUCUGCAGAGAGAAGACAACAGGCAGUGUAUUUGCCAUGAAAAAGCUCAAGAAAUCAGAAAUGCUUCGUAGAGGCCAAGUUGAACAUGUGAGAGCUGAAAGGAAUCUGCUUGCAGAGGUGGAUAGCAAUUGUAUAGUCAAACUAUAUUGCUCUUUCCAAGAUGAUGAAUAUUUAUAUCUAAUCAUGGAAUAUCUUCCUGGUGGAGACAUGAUGACUUUACUUAUGAGAAAGGAUACCUUAACCGAAGAUGAAGCCAGAUUUUAUGUUGCAGAAACAGUUUUAGCUAUUGAAUCCAUCCACAAACAUAAUUAUGUACAUAGAGACAUCAAACCGGAUAAUUUGCUGCUUGAUAGAUAUGGGCAUUUGAGAUUAUCAGAUUUUGGAUUGUGUAAACCUCUAGACUGUAGUACACUUGAAGACACAGAUUUUUCAAAUGUGGAUAAUGGUGUUGGAACUUCAACGGGUGAUGAUCGUUCUGGAGCUCCAAGACGCACACAACAAGAACAACUUCAACAUUGGCAGAAAAACAGGAGAACACUUGCUUAUUCUACUGUUGGAACGCCUGAUUAUAUAGCUCCAGAGGUUUUACUGAAAAAGGGUUAUGCACUUGAAUGUGAUUGGUGGUCACUUGGGGCGAUUAUGUUUGAAAUGCUUGUGGGGUAUCCACCUUUCUACUCUGAUGAUCCAAUGUCAACUUGCAGGAAGAUAGUAAACUGGAAAAUGCAUUUGAAGUUUCCGGAAGAAGCGAGGCUUUCAUUAGAGGCAAAAGAUCUGAUUAGCAAACUGCUUUGUAAUGUGAACCAGAGGCUUGGUUCAAAAGGUGCAGAUGAAAUAAAGGCUCAUCCUUGGUUUAGAGGUAUUGAUUGGGAUAGAAUUUAUCAAAUGGAAGCUGCAUUUAUUCCAGAAGUCAAUGAUGAGUUGGAUACCCAAAAUUUUGAAAAAUUCGAAGAGUCUGAACACCAAAACAAUAGUUCAUCAAGAUCUGGACCAUGGAGAAGGAUGCUUUCAUCCAAAGAUAUCAACUUUGUUGGUUACACAUACAAGAAUUUUGAGAUUGUUAAUGACUAUCAAGUCCCUGGAAUGGCUGAAUUAAAAAAGAAAAGCAACAAACCAAAGAGACCAACAAUCAAGUCACUAUUCGAGGAAGGGCCAGAAACAGACACAGAGACAACAUCUGAUGCUGCCAACAAAUCUUUUUCAAAUCGGUUGCCUCCAAAAGUAGAAGUUUCUGAAAAGCAAAAAUAGAAGACAACUAAUAAUCUUAUUCUGGUUUUUUUUUUUUUUUUAAUUCACUAUAAGUUGCUGUCAUAAUAUUUACUAAAUUACUUUCACUGUUUUUAUACAAAAAGAUACAUUUAUCAGUUAACUACGG